GCCCGGCGAGGGCGCCGGCGGCGGGUGUUGUCUGAGGCUCGCUUCAAGGCCUGGCCGCGCUCGCCAUGCCGAACCGCAGGGCCAGCCGCAACGCCUACUAUUUCUUCGUGCAGGAGAAGAUCCCCGAACUGCGGCGGAGAGGCCUGCCUGUGGCUCGCGUCGCUGAUGCCAUCCCCUACUGCUCCGCUGACUGGGCGCUCCUGAGGGAGGAGGAAAAGGAGAAGUAUGCGGAAAUGGCUCGAGAGUGGAGAGCUGCCCAGGGGAAGGACUCCGGGCCUUCGGAGAAGCAGAAACCUAUUUGCACCCCACUGAGGAAGCCAGGCAUGCUUGUACCAAAGCAGAAUGUUUCACCCCCGGAUCUGUCAGGCUUGUCUCUAAAAAGUGAUCAAGCUCUCCUUGGAGGCAUUUUUUAUUUUUUGAAUAUUUUUAGCCAUGGCGAGCUACCUCCUCACUGUGAACAGCGCUUCCUCCCUUGUGAAAUAGGCUGUGUUAAAUAUUCUCUCCAAGAAGGUAUUAUUGCAGAUUUCCACAGUUUUAUAAAUCCUGGUGAAAUUCCACGAGGAUUUCGUUUUCAUUGUCAGGCUGCAAGUGAUUCUAGUCACAAGAUUCCUAUUUCACACUUUGAAUCUGGGCAUGACCAAGCAACUGUGUUACAAAAUCUUUAUAGAUUCAUUCAUCCAAACCCAGGGAACUGGCCACCUAUCUACUGCAAGUCUAAUGAUAGAGCCAGAGUCAACUGGUGUUUGAAGCACAUGGCAAAGUCAUCAGAAAUCAGACAAGAGCUAGAACUUCUCACUGUAGAGGAUCUUGUAGUAGGGAUCUACCAGCAAAAAUUUCUGAAGGAGCCUUCUAAGACCUGGGUUCGGAGCCUCCUAGAGGUGGCCAUGUGGGAUUAUUCUAGCAACACAAGGUGCAAGUGGCAUGAAGAAAAUGAUACUCUCUUCUGUGCUUUAGCUGUUUGCAAGAAAAUUGCGUACUGCAUCAGUAAUUCUCUGGCCACUCUCUUUGGAAUCCAGCUCACAGGGGCUCAUGUUCCGCUUCAGGACUACGAGGCCAGCAGCAGUGUGACCCCCAAGAUGGUUGUGCUGGAUGCAGGGCGUUACCAGAAGCUAAGGGUUGAGAGCCCAGGAUUCUCUCAUUUCAGCUCUUCUAAUCAAGACCAAAGAUCAAACACACCCACUGGUGACUACCCAUCUGGGGUGAAAAUCUCUGGCCAAAACAGCAGUGUUCGGGGAAGAGGGAUUACCCGCUUACUAGAGAGCAUCUCCAAUUCCUCCAGCAAUAUCCAUAAAUUCUCCAACUGUGAGACUUCAGUCUCACCUUACACAUCCCCAAAACACGGAUACAAAUCUUUCUCUUCCUUAUCUUAA